AUGGGUGGAAUGACUGGCUCCGGGAUGAUGGCAGGAGGGAUGGGUGGGGGUAUGGGAGGAGGUAUGGGUGGCGGUAUGGGAGGAGGUAUGGGUGGUAUGGGUGGUAUGGGUGGUAAUAUGGGUGGGGGUAUGGGCGGGUACGGAGGAGGCAUGGGCACGGGAGGUAUGGGCGCCGGAAUGGGCAUGGGCGUCGGCACCGGCUCUCGGGCGGGAGAACCGUACCGCCUGGCCACCCACGACAGCACCAGCUCCCCCCGCCACAUGCAGUCCAGCCCCACCCCCAUGUCCCAGGCGCAGAGCCAUGGUCCGGGCAUGGCUCACGGUCCCGGGGGGUCCUCCUCCUCUGGCAUGGGCGUCCACGGGGGGCAAAACCAGGGACAGCACGCCUCCCGUCGAAACCUCCAGGUGGACUUCAGCGGAUCGGGGGGCGGGUCCAGAACUGGGCGGUCUCCGUCGGUGUCCCCGGAUCGCGGUCUGACGCCUACAUCGCCGUAUGCACCGUUGCCGCAGAUCGCCCCCAUGCCCAGCAGUAAGCUAUGUCCCGUCUGCACCACCACAGAGCUGUCCAACCCUCCGGCGGUGCCCAACUACAACACCUGUACGCAGUGUAAGGCCACGGUGUGCAACCAGUGUGGCUUCAACCCCAACCCGCAUCUCACUGAGGUGCAGGAAUGGCUGUGUCUAAACUGUCAGAUGCAGCGUGCUCUAGGCAUCGACAUGACCACACCGCGCUCUAAAAGCCAACAGCAGAUUCACUCGCCGUCGCACCAGGCCAAACCUAUUGUCCCACCACAACAAACCCCCAUCCAGCAACCCCCUGCCCAACCCAAACCCCAGACACAACCCCAACAGCAACCCAAGCCUACCCCUACCCAUCAACCGCAGCAGCAGCAGCAACAACAACAACCCUACUCACAAUACCCCCAACCUAACCAAUACCCUCCGACACAGCAGCAGCAAUCAUACCCACGACCCGGCCAAACACAUCCUUCUCCUGGCUUGCAACGCCACCCCCAACCUCAAACUGGACCACCUCAACACGCAGGACCUCAACAAACUGGCCCACAACAAGGGUUCAAGUCUGAUCCUUACUCCCAACGAGGUCCAAGUGCUCAAGGGGGUCCCAACCAGCCUAGAAUCCCCCACCCCGGAGCGGUCCCACUUCCAGGAUUGACCAAAGCACCAUCGCAACCAGAUUUGGGUCGUGGCUCGCCAAUGCAUCAACAGGUACCACGCCAGCCGGACCAUACGAGGAGCGCUGGGUCGUCUCCGGCGCACAGACCGCAAUCGCAGCCUCUUCCACAAGCGCAAGAUGGACUUACAAAGUUGUUUGGAUUCGGGGCGUCGCUGCUGAAUCAAGCUAGCACCCUGAUCAAUGUGGAUCCGCUACCAACGCAAUCAACGCAACCCAGUCCGGCGAAGGGGAAAGUGAUGUUUAGCAAUGCAGGGCCGGACACUAGGGGGCAACAGCAGCAACAGCAAGGUCCCAAGCCAUUUGGGAUGGGCGGGCCCCAAACAACACCCCUGAAGCAACCUCAACAACAACCUCAACAACAACAUGGCAUGUCGCAGCAGACAAUGGGAAUGCAGCAAAAAGUACAUCCGCAAACUUCUCAUCUUGAUAAGGGCCCGGUAAAGCAACAGGAGGCUCCGCCCACCUCACAGCCGCAGAAACCGGUAUCUGUAGCAGCGCCAGUGGUAAAGGAAACCCCCGCUCCGCCCCCACCUGAACCGGAGAAGCCCAAAGUCAACUGUCCGCUGUGUAAAACAGAGCUCAACAUCGGCAGCUCGGACCCGCCCAACUACAACUCAUGCACCCAGUGUCACAGCCAAGUGUGCAACCUGUGUGGAUUCAACCCCACGCCGCACCUGGUCGAGAAAAAGGAGUGGCUUUGCCUGAACUGCCAAACGCUGCGGCUCAUGUCUGGAGGUGGUCUGGACGAGCCCCCCAUGCCCGCCCCGCUGCCCUCACCCAAGCACCAACCCAUGGGCUCCCCACGCCACCACCCCCCCUCCGGACCUCCGUCAGCCCAACAGAGUCCGCUCCACAAACCCCCCACCACCCAAGCGCAGGGGGCUAAACCAGGCCAGAAACUGCCCACCGCAGCCAAACCUGCAAGCGAGACUAAGACCGGUACUACCAUUACCACCACCACUACACAGGAGGCGCCCAAACCGAUCAAAACGGAAGAGAAGCCCAAGACUGAGCCAGAGAAAGAAAAAGACAAGGAGUCAAAGAAGAAGGAGCCAAUCACACCAAUCAAAGAAGUCAAGAAGUCCAAACACUAUGAUGACACAAAGAGCAGCAGCACCACCGACUUGUCCCGCAGUCCCCAAAGCCUGAGUGACACCGGCUACUCCUCGGACGGCAUCUCCAGCUCCCACAGCGAAAUCACUGGAUUGAUCCAGGAAGAGGAGAUGAAACUCAGUGAAAGAGGGCUCAUCACAAGCCGUGGAUCUCCACCAAGUCCUUCUGAAAUCACCAAACUGGAGAGCAGCAUGCGUCCCUUACUGGAAAAGAGUUUAUCCGAGGAAAAACCGGAUCGUAGAGGCCGUAAACAUAGGGAUAGAGACCUGCGUCCACGUAGUCUUUCAAUCCCGCCAGAUUCCUACGACUCAGAUGAGGAGCUGGAAGAGAUUCAAGAAGAAGAGGAGGACACACCAGAAUGGGAGAGCAAACGUAAGGAAACCAAAGAGGACAAAAAAGACAAAAAGAAAAAGGAAAAAGACACAGAACCUACGGAAAUGACAGACGAGGAGUUCAUGAGGCGCCAGAUUAUGGAGAUGAGCGCAGACGAGGACAUCGAGGAAGAAGAGGAAUUGGAGGAGGACGAGGAUGAAGAUGAAGGGUAUGGAUAUCAGAAACCCAAGAAAAGUCACCACAAGCACAUUGGAGACUCGGGGAAGGAGAAACGAAGGUUGCAGCAUCACUCCAGUAGCUUCGAAGAGGAGACUAAACCAAGUGCAGAUGUCUACAAAGGAUCGCUAGAGGAGGGAGAAGAGGAUGUCAUGGCUUCCCAAGGCGGGCUAAGACGAUUCAAAACCAUUGAGCUUAAUAAUACAAAUAGUUACAGAGAUAGAGAUAUGGAGCUAGGUAAUGAAAAUGACUUGAGUUUAGAUCGUGAGCCUGAACUCGAAAUGGAAAGCUUGACAGGAUCACCAGAAGAGAGAUCGAGAGGUGACUACUCAUCUAGCAUACCACCUACUUCAUCAUCGUAUGGUUCAGGGCAAUCUCCAACCUCGAUCUCAUCUAUGGAGGAAGAUAGCGAUAGCAGCCCUAGCAGGAGGCAAAGAUUGGAAGAGGCAAAACAGCAAAGAAAGGCGAGGCAUAGGUCGCAUGGUCCGCUGCUCCCAACCAUCGAAGACUCAUCGGAGGAAGAUGAACUUAGAGAGGAGGAAGAGUUGUUGAGAGAGCAGGAGAAGAUGCGGGAAGUCGAGCAGCAAAGGAUUAGAAGCACCGCUCGCAAAACUAAAAGGGAUAAGGAGGAGUUAAGAGCGCAAAGGAGAAGAGAGAGAUCCAAGACACCUCCAAGUAACUUAUCGCCGAUCGAAGAUGCAUCGCCAACAGAGGAGCUAAGACAAGCUGCCGAAAUGGAGGAGUUACAUCGCUCUUCAGCUUCCGAAUAUUCGCCACAAAGUUUGGAUUCAGAAGCAGAGGGAUAUGAGACAAAGUACAAAUCCGCUGGCGAUUACAACUUGCCAACUUUCAUGUCGUUGUAUUCGCAGGUAGAGAAAUCGUCAGGUACAACUACAACUACUGCACCAUCUUCAACAUCUAAACCACUAAAAAGUGCUGAGGAGGUUUAUGAAGAGAUGAUGAGAAAAGCGGAGUUGCUUCAAAAACAGCAAAAGCAACAACAGCAGCAACAAGUUAGGCAUCAAUAUUAUGAAGAAGAUGUGAAUGGACAAGGCUAUGAUGACGAAUAUGAUUAUGACCAAGAUCAAACUGGAUAUGACAAUGAAGCUGUGGAAACAGAGACUGACAUAUAUGAAGAAAUCCGUCAAACAUCUCAGAAUAUCACAAAAAUGCAACAAGCCACAGACGAACAAGUCGAUUUGGAAAUUGAAACUGCGUUCCAAGACAAACAACUGUUAGAUACUGGUUCUGCAUUUGCAAAACUUCUCGAACAAAGUAAUGCUCUUUUGACACCAGGAACUAGCCCUACCCAAAUGUCAGCGCCAGUAUCCUUUGCCGAAACUGGUGGACGAAUACCGGAUGUGAGAGUGACCCAGCAUUUUUCUGCAAAAGAUGGCCAUAAAGAUAGAAUAAAGGUUCAACCAGGAAAAAAUGGUAUAACUCCAGCUGCUGCUGCCACUACCAUUGCUGCCUAUGGUGUCUAUGCCCGGGAUGCAGUUACUAUUUCACAAACAACUUCAAGCCAUACUAUGACUACUACCCAGUCAAGUAUGUAUGGAAGGCAUACCGGGAGUACGGCAACAUCAUCGGCCACAGUGUCAAGUGUUUGCAGCAAAAUUGCAGAAAUUACCCAAGCCUACAGCCAAAGGGAGGUUAUUACGAGGCGAGUUGGAGAUGCAAGAGGUGUGCAAGUCCGAGAUAGCUCAACGUCAUCAGCGGAAAGGAUAAUUGAACCACGAUCGCCAAAGUAUACAACCUAUUAUCGUAGCACUAGUCCUCCUUUGUCGCCAUCGCCACCACUGCAAAGUCCAACACGUUCCCCCCGAAGGGCAACAGCAGAAUUCUCAACUCAAACAUUUAAUUCGGCUUUGCGAAGAGACUCUACGGGAUCUGGGCCCACAUCACCGGUAAUGGCGCAAGGUACCCAAACAUCUCACCGAUCUGUAUCUCCAAGACUUUUCCGUCAACAAUCAUCUCAAGAAGCGCCAUAUUCACCGCCGGCAAGCCCAGCCAGGCCAAUGACAGUCAAUACUGCAACUUCUCCCCUGUCUUCUCCAACAAGAUUUAGUCGUCAAUCAACUUUUGAUAACUACUCGCCAUGUGGGAGCCCUCCAGAUACACCUCCAUAUCAGCAAUCUCCAACCAGAAGUUUCUAUCGCACGCAAAGAGUAGAGAAAGUGAAUGUCGGAACAAGUAUGGUGACUACAGCUUGCACCUAUACAAGGGGAUCAAUGUCUAUGGAUAAUAUAUCACUAUGUCGCAUAUCAACAGUGCCAGGAACUUCAAGAGUAGAGCAAGGUCAAAUGAUACAAGGUGGAAGUGUUGUAGAUUUGAGAACUUUGGGUAAAAAUGCUCCGAUAAUUAUGACAGAUCAUGGUAUGGAUCUGACGUCAUUGGCAGCAGAAAGCCGAAGAUACCACAGUGGACAGGAAAUAGGCAGGCAUUCAACAAUUGUACAACCACUUAUAAUGAAUUUGAAUACGCAAGAAGUCGCUACUCCUACAACAGUUAGCGUCACCGUAGCCGCAUCAAUGUUUAUGAACCAACCCAAACAACCAACAAUCUACGGAGACCCGCUUCAAAAUAGGGUUGAUCUUGGGCAGGGAAUGGGUUCGGCUGUGUGUCUCUCCCAAAGCAAACCAACUGAUCCAUCCAUACCAAAGAUUGACGCUAAACUUGAAGACUUGAGCAUACAACAAAGAGAGCUUCAAAAACAACAAGAAAAGUUACAGAAACAGCAAGAAUUACUCGAACAACAACUGCAACAACAUCAGCAUCAGCAGCAAGUGUCGGCACUGGCCAGAUUCAACUUAACUGGACAAAUCACACCAAUGAUGAAGAAAGAUUUGAUGGUGAGUCAGACCAGCAGUGCCCCAGCUGUUGUGAGCGCUGUUUCACCAAUUAACCCUGAAUUAUAUGGCCCUGGACCUGUUGAAAUAAGAGGAAAACCCAGCCCACCUGGUAUGGUUGUCCAAAUGGAUGGACCAGAUCAAGCAAGAGCUGUAACGCAAUUAGUUAAAGUUGAAGAAGGGCAAGAUGCAAUGGAUCUAAGAGGUGGUCAAAUCAAGCCAGAGGCCCAACCGGCAUGCUGUGAUGUCGUUUACCGACUUCCGUUUGGUGGUAGCUGCGUCGGCGCUCCGGAAAAAGAAGGUAUAAGACCACCAUCAGCGCCUCCUCUGUCUUAUGAAUCUGAUUCGGAAAGACAACCAAGGUACCAUGAGUAUCCUAUGGACGCGCGCAAAGCAUAUACUCUACCAUACCCAGGAAGACUACAGCCCUCAAUGUCGGAUACAAACUUAGCUGAUGCCGGAAUGCAGUAUCACCCGAAAAUAGAUCAGCAAUUCCAGCCUCCAACAGAUCUAAGCAUGGAUGUAACAGGAAUGAAGCCGGGAUAUGGAAGCUAUGUGGGAAUGCAAUAUGGAUCCUACAACGAUUUGCGCCAUGGAGGAGAUAUUGCAUCCCAAACUUUACCUAUAAGAAGAUACAAUUCAUUAUCCAACAUGUCAGACUAUGGCUAUACCGCUAGGGAUCUUGCCAGUUUUCAAGAGGCAAACCUGGCUCAAUAUAGCGCUACAACUGCUAGAGAAAUUAGCAGGAUGUGUGCAGCACUAAACUCAUUGGACCGAUACGGAAGCAACCCAGAUUUGAUGCAGUAUGGAAGCUUAGGAAGGCCAGCUGGUCCUCCUGGUUCUAGACUUGCAGCAGGUCUUGGAAUGAGGUCAAAUCUGCUGAUCGGGCUUGAUGGAAAGCCUAUGACACAUAAUCAAGCACUAACAAAUCUUAUAAAUGCUAGACAGGCUAGUCUAAGGGCAAUGUACCCCGCUGCUAUCCGUUCUGCCGAUGGAAUGAUCUACUCGACUAUCCAAACACCAAUUGCGUCGACACUUCCCAUAACAACCCAGCCUGCUUCAGUACUGCGUCCAUUGCUAAGGGGUGUAUACCGACCAUUCGCAUCUCCAAGUAUGACACCAGUACCAUUAUCAAGCCUCACACGACUUCCAAUGAGUCCAAGGAUGCCCCUAUCUGGACCCACUCCUAUCCGCUACCCUACUCCAGGACUUUUGCAAACAACAACUGCUACCGACACCGCACCGGCCAUUUCAACUGUUGCUGCUCCAGUUAGCGCACCAGUUUCAGUAGCUAUUCCAGCAACAACUUCCACUGUACAAGAGGAACCGGUAUAUCUGGGAAAAGGCGCUGUAGUGACUUCAGAAGCGACCCCAUCAACCACUACAAUUCCAAUAGACGCACAGCAGCAACCAAUAAAUCUAUCCCAAGCGCAUCUUAACAGCCAAAAACAAGCGGCAACUACACAGCAAGCAGUUGUCCAACCUCCUCCAGCAGUGCACGCUUAUCCACCAACCCAACCUCCUAUUGCUCCCCCUGGUGGUGUGCCAGUCGCAGGAGGUCUACCACAAUUCCCACCACCUGGAGCAGUGCACAAAGAAGGAGAAACCGAAGCGGAAAGACUACAUAGGCAGCAAGAACAACUUCUCCAGAUGGAAAGGGAGCGUGUUGAGUUGGAGAAAUUGCGACAACUGCGACUACAAGAAGAACUGGAGCGAGAGAGAAUAGAGUUGAAGAUUCACAGAGAGAAGGAGCAGAUGUUGGUGCAGAGAGAGCUACAGGAGCUGCAAAGUAUCAAGGAACAGAACAAGCAGUUGAAAGUCUUUCAAGUAAAAACAGUCAAACAGGUGUUCCAGCAGCAGCAGCAGGAGCGGGAGAAGCAGUUGGUCCUACAGAGGGAACAGUUGGCUCAGCAGAAGUCUCAGCUCGACCAGAUCCAGUCUCUACAGCAGCAGCUUCAGCAGCAGCUAGAGGAGCAGAAGAGGCAGAAGACCGCACAGGUGAUUAACAGUGUGCAGGUGGACGCAAGUGGGCAGCCAGUUCGCCCGUACAUGGACUCCUCUCAUGGGUCUCGCUCUCUGCCCAACUCAUCGUCUGAGAUCUGUCUGCGCAGUCAGGAGGAGCAGCUGGAGGCCCGCGCCAUCAGGAAACACAGCUCCAUGACCCGACUGCCCCGGGACGACGGGGAAGUGCACUUCUACGGGACCCCCAGGCGCGCCGUGGACAGCUGUGUGCAGACCGAUGAUGAGGACACAGAGGAGAGGUACAUGAUGCGCCCCCGUAGCCGCAGACGUGGGCGCAGCGUGGACUGUUCCGUUCAGACCGACGAUGAUGAGGACAAAGCUGAGACAGAGCAGCCGGUCCGGAGAAGACGCUCCCGAUACUCCCGUCAUGCCGAUUCUACUGGCACCACCUCCUCCGCUUCCACCGCCACCUCCGCGCCAACCGAACCCAAAGCCGACAAGACCGUCUCCUCCAGCAUCGCCAUCCAAACCAUCCGCGAAAUGUCCUGCCAGACUGAAGUUGAACAUUUGGGACGAGUCUCUCCGGCUAUCCAUGUUACCGUCCCAGAUCCGAACAAAGUCGAGAUUGUUCACUACAUCUCUGGACCUGAGAGAACACAGAAGGGACAAUCGUUAGCUUGUCAGACUGACCCGGAAGCGCAAUCACAGGGGGUCGUAGCACCUCAGCUAAGUGUCCCAACUACAGUUAGCCCAUAUUCGACAUCAACGAGCAGUGGGACUCAACAAUCCAGUGAAAUUCUGAGCCAAAGACAACAGCAGCAGAUAGCAGCUAACGCAGCAAAAUUCGAAAGGCGCAGACCUGAUCCUUUGGACAUUAACUACCAACCACACAACCACAUCCACAAUGAGUCAAUUUCAAGUAUAAUUCGACAACAGCAGACUGCACCCAAAUCGCCCCAAGUUCUGUACUCGCCAGUGUCUCCAGUCUCCCCUCAUAGACUUCUGGAGACGUCCUUAUCGAGCGAGAGGUUAAACAAAGCCCAUGUGACACCCCAGCAGAAAUCCUACACGGCUGAGUCACCCCAACGACACCCAUCGGUGCCGAGGCCAAUCAAGAGCACCCAGAGGUCCAUGUCUGACCCCAAACCGCUCAGCCCAACCACAGAUGAGCAUACCAAAGCCAGGCUGACGCUCUACCAGCAGCAGGCGCUACAGAACCAGUUGGCUGCAUUGCAGCAGAGCUCCCUGCUGCGUAAGGUGAAGCGGACCCUCCCUAGCCCGCCUCCUGACGAGACCGUUGCCACCUCGCACCACCUGCCCAUGAUGACCCCCGCGCUACAACAAGUCUACCUGCCCGCCGUGCCCAGCCUCAAGCCCAGCUCCAGAGCAGGCCUGGCAGCAAAAGCCAGCCUUCUCAAGGACCUCACCCACGAACUGAAAGCCGUGGAGCAAGAGUCCACCAAGCUCCGCAAGCAGCAAGCCGAACUGGAGGAAGAAGAGAAGGAAAUCGAUGCCAAGCUGCGAUACUUAGAGCUAGGCAUCCAUCAGAGGAAAGAGACAUUGGUGAAAGAGAGGGAGAGGAGGGAUAUUGCUUACCUCAGGUGUAUGGGGGACAGUAGGGACUAUAUGUCGGACAGUGAGUUGAAUAAUCUCCGUUUAGCAGCUUCGGGGGUGCAUGAUGCAAACGGUCUGCUGACGACGAGGCCGAGUACCGCGCCAUUGAGCCAGUUCCCCAGCGAUCUCAACACAGCAGCGCAGUACCCACCCACGUCUUCAUACAUGUCAUGUCAGUAUCCACAAAGUCAACCACAAGCACCCACCCAACCGUCAAGUGUUCCUUACCAAUCCUCAACAUACAACCAACCUCCUUACCCGACAGUGUCCCAGUCCCAGGCGCUACCACAGCCGACGCCUCUCCAAACUCAUGGUCCCCCUCCCCCUGGACCUACCUACCAGCCUCCAACCUCAUAUCCCUCCCACACGUACCCCCAAGCCCAGCCCCCAUACCCCCAGACAGAACUGGGGAUACCAGCUGCACCGCAACCCCAGCCUGGGCACACUACGACCGGCUUUGCACCCGCUCAACCGGGUCAGCCACCGUACCCCACCCACAGCUCACCAUAUCCAAGUGCUGUGUCCUCCUACCCCAGCCAAACCACUGCUCCUUAUCCUGGUCAACCCCAGGCUGACAUCCUGACAGUACAUCCAGGCAGGCCAAGGCAGACCACUCUUGCCGAUCUGGAGCACAAGAUGCCCACAAAUUAUGAGACUCUUAGCAAUCCAACAGUGGUGGUGACAACGACUGCUCAAGAUGCAACCUAUUCAAGUGCAGCGCCUUCAUAUGGACAAUAUGGUGGUACUACAACUAUGGCUAGCUCUUAUGGUCCUUACAGUUCUGCUCCAGUGUCCAGCAGUUAUGGUGGGUAUUCCUCCAUGCCACCUAGUACUUACGGACAGUACACAUCAAGCGCAGCUACUUCCUAUGGCCAGUAUACCACAACUACCGCUAAUACUUAUGGUUAUCCUACUACCACAGCUAGUUCUUAUGGACAAUACACUUCAACUGUGUCCAAUGCUUAUGGGCAUCCAGUAGACAGUCCAUCGACAUAUAGCACUGCAGAUCCGAUGUAUGGGGGCCCUGGCUUAGAGCAAAAUAUCCCAAGAAACUACAUGAUGUGUGAUGAUGUUAGUGAGCUGACGGCAAAAGACGGGCUGGGCACGACAACAGGGGACAUGAUGCAUCAUGGCAGCACGGGGCGUUACCCAGGAGACAUCCACAGCAGCACGACGCGCGGUGGCACUGGCUCCUAUGGCAGGGCUCCAGAGGAUGAAGCAGCACUACAGGAAGACAUGUACGACCACCACGGCAGGGGUAAGAGCAGCUACAGGCACGGACCACUAGGGGGCAUGGGUGGGGGAUUCUCCUAUUUGUACGACUACGACUUCAAACAUGGCGGCAUUCGACAAAAGCAGAGAAGCCUCUUGGCACCUGCCGUCAUGUCCACCAAGCGCAGCAAGCACCGUAAACUGGGGAGUAUGGAGCAGAAAAUCUCCAAGUUCUCUCCCAUCGAAGAGGCCCGGGAUGUGGAGGCAGACUUGGCAGCAUACAAUGCAGCAACAGCAGGGGGCGGGGCCUAUCCCUCGUCCCAAAUCCGAGGGCGUCAGCUGAUCGAGGACUACGGCUUCAAGCGGAGCGCUUUUGAUAGCAGCACUGGCUCUGGUCACAUCAGCAGAUACUAUGGAUCCAUGUUUGACGAAGAUGAUCGGAUUUACUACACCUCCACUGGUCGCUCUCGUUCCCACGGAUAUGGCAUGGACAAAAUAUCUUCACGGGACUAUUCAGGGUACCGGAGUCGUUCCUAUGAAAGGGAUGACCGGUCCUAUCGCUCUGGCUAUAGCCGGGGUCGCCACCCGACCAGGCAGUACUCCGAAGAAGAGAGCCCUCUCAGUCCCAUGGGGAGGUUCAUAAGUUCACGUCGGUCUUCGAGUUUAGGUCCAGACCCUUAUGAGGGCCGCAGCAGUAGAUAUAAUUACUAUUAUGGCCAGUAUGGGUCCAGUCAUUCCCUCCCAGAUGUGCAGGACCAUAUCCGGGACCUUCCCAGGACACACGUCUACAAAUCGGAUGACACAUACUUAAUAGAUGAUUAUCAUUGCGCUGUGUCAGACAGCGAAGCCUACCAUUUGGGGCAGGAGGAGACGGACUGGUUCGAGAAGCCCAGGUCCAGUUCGCGUCACUAUGGCAGCCACUCGUCCUCUCGCAGCAGAGGUCAUGGCGGGGUUAAACACACAUACCAUGAUUAUGACGAGCCACCUGAAGAAGACCUGUGGCCUCAGGACGAGUAUGGCCACAGCGGGAGACACUCAUCCUCCCGUGACCACAGACACCAUGGCAGCUCUGGCCGCCACUCCUCCUCCAGGCACGCUGAUGAACCGCGCUCUUCAAGGUCUUCCAAGGGCCAUCCCAAAGACCCGUCCAUGCGCCAUGACCCCUCUGGACGGUCCUCGUCUUCAGGUAGGAGAGGAGAGUCACGCUCUGGCAGUUAUCAUUCUUCCGAUUAUUCCCGGGAUCCAUCUGGGCACCACCACGGACAGAGGUCUUCGAGGCAGGGAGAUCCACACCGCUCGUCCAGGAGCAAAUCCCAACCUCCAGGAGACAUGCAGGGACAGACGGGAAGCUCCCGAUCGAGUAGUUCAACCCGCGGGCAAGGUCCCUCUGGUGGUCCACCCGGCUCCGGUCGUGGUCCUGGGUCUCAGGACGGGACCCAGGGACAGAGGGCCCAGCUGCAGACUCAAUCCCAGACAUCAACCUCCAGACCUGGGCAGGGCGGAGUCGGUACAACUCCCGGAUCACAGCAGCAACCCCCCACAGCGGGACCGGGCACAGGGCUAGGACCAGGACAGACCAAACCAGGGCAAAUGGGACAAAUGGGACAAAUGGGACAAAUGGGACAGAUGGGACAGAUGGGACAAAUGGGCCCAGCAGGGGGCGCUAUGGGCCAGACCAGGCAGACAGGACCUGCUGGGACCACAUCGUCUCCUAUGGCUAAGAUCGACACUCCGCCGAUCACAGCCAUAGGAGCCAAAGCUGCUCCCAUUGCUGCCAACAAGGCCGGACAACCCCCCCUCACCGGGAUCGGCUCUAAAGCGGCUCCUCGUCCUGGAGGCAUCGGCAGUGCAGCAGCAGGAGUACCAGGGAUGGAGGGAGAGGGCAUGUUAUCCAAGAUACUUCCAGGGAACGCCGCUGAGCAGGCCGGGAAACUCGGAGAAGCAAUCUCUGGAUUUGGCAAAAAGUUCACCUCAUUAUUCUGAGGUGACAAUUAUAAAGAACAACUGAGGACAACUUGAGGCAUUGUACCAGAG